GCGACACCAUCGUGACGACGACGCGAACCCCGACCGACGAUACCUGCCUCUGAGUACACAAUUCCGUGAGUAUUGCCAUCUAACACUAUCGUCAGCAUUUUAUCGGGAGGAGGAAGCUGAUGCGAAAGUCUAGGAGCGACACCGCAAUCUCCAAUUUCGUCAACCGCACAAAAUGUCUCACGAGUCCGUCUGGUACUCGCGUCCGCGCUCGUAUGGCAAGGGAGCCCGCUCCUGCCGCGUCUGCACCCACCGCGCUGGUCUGAUCCGCAAAUACGGCCUUAACAUCUGCCGCCAGUGCUUCAGGGAGAAGAGCACUGAUAUUGGCUUCGUCAAGCAUCGAUAAACGCCCCACAACUUCGACGGCCAACACGGAGAGGGGAGGAGGCGCGAUGAUUACAUG